UAUUUAGGACAUAUGGAUUGUUCCAAGUAUACAGAUAUUUGGUCACAUGGAUUGUUCCAAGUAUACAGGUAUAUAGACACGUGGAUUGUUCCAAGUAUACAGGUAUUUGGACACGUGGAUUGUUCCAAGUAUACAGGUAUUUGGACAUAUAGAUUAUUCCAAGUAUACAGGUAUUUAGACACAUGGAUUGUUCCAAGUAUACAGGUAUUUGGACAUGUGGACUGUUCCAAGUAUACAGGUAUUGGUACACGUGGAUUGUUCCAAGUAUACAGGUAUUUGGACACGUGGAUUGUUCCAAGUAUACAGGUAUUUGGACACAUAGUUGUUCCAAGUGUACAGGUAUUUGGACACGUGGAUUGUUCCAAGUAUACAGGUAUUUGGACACGUGGAUUGUUCCAAGUAUACAGGUAUUUGGGCACGUUGAUUGUUCCAAGGAUACAGGUAUUUGGACACAUAGAUUAUUCCAAGUAUACAGGUAUUCGGACACAUAGAUUGUUCCAUGUCACCACUCAGGGGACCCUAUGUCUUCCAUAUGUGUUGAACGGGUACAUCAUCUAGUAUGCAACAUUCAGAAAUGAGUUUCUCUAAAAGUAACCUACUGUUCCAUCAACGGGAGAAGCCUCAAUAACACAAAAUAAUAAACAUAAAAGUGAGGGAAAAUUUUUGUUAAGUAGUUUUUAUACUUUAGAAAAUGUUUAUAAUGACUGAUCUGGUUAUUUUUGAUGCAUUAAAAUAGUUGUUUUAAAACAUUUCCAAUUACUUCAACUAAAAACAUGAAUUGCAUGGCUGUCAAAGUGAUGGAGAUAAUACCUCUCUAUAUCACCUCUAUGUGUUAACAUAUAAAAAAUACUGAAAGUGAUACAGAAAAACUAUAAAAAAAAUUUCAAGUUAUCAACAGUUAUAUGUACAAACAAAGCCACUAAUGUUUCAAGUAACAUGUUGCAUUAUACAGAAAUCCAAGUCUUCACUAACCCUCUUACUAAACAACGUGUCUGUUCUACUAUGAAAGAUGUGUACAUAGAGUGGUUCAUCUUCUGAUUCUGUAGGAUUUGUUAUCUUUAGAAACUGCAAUUUUCCAUGUCAAAAAUAAAAUUCAUUCUUAAAAAAUUUCAAUCACUCAACAUGACUUAUCACACACUAUAUUUGUAUUAUUCUAAAUAACUAUACUUAAAAUAUUUUUCUUUGUUAUUCAGAUUAA